AUGAAUCGGAAAUGUUGGAUCAUCAUUGCCAUCAUUAUUACUUGCUUGAUAAUUGGCAUAGUCACUUUUGGUCUCGUACUUAAAUUUGUAAUUCUUGCACCAAAUGACUCGAAAAUAAAUAUCACCGAAACAUCAACUACCGGGAUAAUUACAGAAACAAAAGCAACAGCAGCAACAACUAUAUCAGCAACAACGACACCGACAACGACAACAACGACAACGACAACGACAACGACAACAACGACAACGACAACCACAACGACAACGACAAUGACAUCAACGACAACACUAACAACAACAACAAUGACAACUACUACUGUAAUUACUACCACUUCUGUUGCUACUAGUAGUACUGUUAGGAUCACAGACCUAAAUAAAACGACUGUUGCAUCAGGUAAAUCACAAGGUUGCUUUGCAUCUAAUGUUACUCUACGUCUAGCCAAUGGGCACUCAAAACUAAUUAGCUAUAUUCGCACAGGUGAUUUAGUUUUUGUCAAAUGGAAAAAUCAAGUCAUAACAAGUCCGAUCUUAGCUAUUUUUCGACAUUAUCGAAGUUCAAUCCGCUUUGUCGACAUUUAUACUGCGGAGUCUAACAUUCCUCUUCGUUUGACACCACUACAUUCAAUACUUGUUCUUUCAAAAUAUGAUAAACAUGAACGUUAUGUUUUUGCUAAAGAUGUCUCGAUUGGUAGUCUAGUUCUCUCAUCAGAUUUAAGUCCAUUAACGGUCAUCGACGUGAAAGAUGUGGUAAUUUCUGAUGACAGUGGCUAUGCUGUAUUGACAAUGGAAGGUAAUAUUAUUGCUAAUGGUAUUGUAGCUUCAUGCUACGCAACUUAUGAUCAUUCAAUGAUGCAUAUGAUCACUACACCUUUGCGAUGGUGGUUUCACAUUCUUCUCGAAUUACGCCAAUUGAUCGUGUUUGAUUAUUUGCAACAGAUGACAAGCAAUAUUAUUGUUUCUUUUGUUGAUUUUUACCUUCAAUCAAUUUAUUAA